CUUAACGUUGUUGUUAUAGACAUGCAUUCACAAAAGCUGAAACGGGGGUCACCUGCUUAGGCUGUUGUCUAAACCUCAGUCAGCCAUGGAAGUAAACAAUGAACAAGAGAGUUGCAGUAUAUAUCAGAACCUGGCUCCAUUUGGAAGUGAGAUCAAGGCCAAGAUGCAGCAGAUUAUAGAGGAAAGGACAGAAGCCAACAUGUGGACAGCUAUUCUUAUUGGAGCGGUCACAGUUGUUUCCCUUGUGGGAGGUGUCGUUUUCCUUCUCUACAGAAGAUACAGGUUGUCAAAGGAGGAGGCAGGUAUCCCACAUUAUCGUUUCCGAAAAAGAGACAAGGUUAUGUUCUACGGCCGAAAGAUAAUGCGAAAGGUCCAGACAUUGUCCUCUCCCACCACCACCCCCUCCAACUCUGCUUCCCGUCAGAGGGUGCGUAAAAGGACCAAAGUCCUGUCAAUAGCUCGCAAGAUCCUCCGUAUCCGGAAGGAGCCCACCUCCUUGCAGCCCAAAGAGCCCCCUCCCUGUCUGCUAGAAGCAGACUUGACAGAAUUUGAUGUGCAAAACUCCCAUCUACCAUCUGAGGUGUUGUACAUGCUUAAAAAUGUCAGGGUGCUUGGACACUUCGAGAAGCCUCUGUUCCUUGAGCUAUGUCGCCACAUGGUGCUGAUCCAGCUUCAUCAGGGGGAGGCACUAUUCCGCCCAGGUGAUACAGAUGACAGCAUUUAUGUUGUUCAAGAUGGCCGCCUAGAACUAUGCAUCCGCGAGAGUGAUGGGACAGAUGUUGUGGUGAAGGAAGUUCUACAAGGAGAUAGUGUCCACAGUUUGCUUAGUAUCUUAGAUGUUAUCACUGGCUACCCAGCUCCAUACAAGACAGUCUCUGCAAGAGCUGCUGUCCCCUCAACUGUAUUGCGUCUUCCAGCGAUAGCAUUUCAAUCCGUCUUUGACAAAUAUCCUGAAACUCUGGUCCGUGUCAUUCAGAUCAUCAUGGUACGUCUUCAGAGAGUGACCUUUCUUGCCUUACACAACUACCUUGGCCUCACUACUGAGCUCUUCAACACGGCGAGUCAAGCCAUCUCCUUGGUGUCAGUGGCUCAUGUCUUAGGAGAGGUCCAUCCACAUAGAAGUCUCCACAGGCAGCCUUCUCACUCUGAUGAGUUAGUGUCUGAAAAAGCAGACCCAGAAAAGGCAAUCUUAUCUGAAAAUUCCAGUUCAAAAUAUAGGAAAACCCGCUCGCUGUCCACCCCAAUCGCUGGUACAGGUGAAAUGUCAUUGGAUUUUAACAGAGUUUCUGAUGGGGCUAGAGUUGCUACUGAUGAGGCUGUGCCCAGUGGUCAAGUGAAGUCUAUUUUAAAGAAGACUGUGACAAUGCAGCGGAGUCCUUCUGCAGUUUACCAUUACAGUGAAGCUGGAGCAGGAAAUGAGCACCACAAUAAAGUCAAUGCCAUUUUCCAAGCUGCCAAAAAGGACUUACUGCAGGUUAUCCAGCUCCAGGAUCCCAGUCUACUGGAGGGUAGGGUGACUUUUCGCCAAGUUAAAGCCAAUUCAAUCGUGGCCCAUCAAGGAGAUCAGGAUGUGAGCGUGGCAUUUGUCAUAUCAGGUUUACUCCAUGUUUACCAGCGCAUGAUUGACCGUGAGGAUGAGUCGCUGCUUUUUGUGACCCACCCAGGAGAGAUGGUGGGACACCUGGCUGUACUCACAGGAGAACCCCUUAUCUUCACCACACGUGCUCACAAAGACUGCACAUUCCUCUCCAUAUCAAAGGCUCAUUUCUAUGAGAUAAUGCGUGAGGAGCCCAGAAUUGUGUUGAAUGUAGCUCAUACUGUAGUGAGGAGGGUGUCACCUUUUGUCAGGCAGAUUGACUUCGCCUUAGACUGGAUGGCUUUGGAGGCCGGCCGUGCUGUUUACAGACAAGGAGAUAAGUCCGACAGCACCUUCAUUGUCCUCAGUGGCCGCUUACGCUCUGUCAUUGCAAAGGAUAAUGGGAAGAAGGAGCUGGCAGGAGAAUAUGGCCGCGGGGACCUAAUUGGUGUGGUUGAGGCUCUAACCCACAUGAACCGGGCCACCACGGUCCACGCUGUGAGGGACUCUGAGCUGGCUAAACUGCCAGAAGGAGCUCUCAACUCCAUCAAGAGGAGGUAUCCUCAGGUCGUUACCCGUCUCAUUCAUUUGCUGGGACAGAAGAUUUUGGGCAAUAUGCAGCAGGUCAAUGGGCCUCUGACAGCUCGAAGCCUCCCCCUCCACAACCCCAGCAGUAAGUGGGAUGCUGGGAAUCCUGCCUCCAACUUGUCCACUGUAGCCAUUCUGCCUGUGUCUGAUGAGAUUCCGCUCAUGGCCUUCACCUUGGAGCUGCAGCAUGCACUCAGUGGUAUCGGGCCUACACUACUCUUGACAAGUGACAUCAUUAAACAGCGCCUGGGCACUGCUGCUUUGGACAGCGUCCACGAGUACCGUCUGUCAAGUUGGCUCGGCCAGCAGGAAGACAUCCACCGUAUCGUCCUUUAUCAAUCUGACUCAGGCCUUACUCCUUGGACGCAGCGCUGCAUCCGCCAGGCUGAUUGCAUCAUUAUUGUGGGACUGGGUGAACAGGAACCCACAGUGGGAGAGUUGGAGAAAAUGUUGGAGGGUAGUGCUAUUCGGGCCCAGAAGCAAUUAGUGUUGCUGCACAGGGAGGAUGGUCCACCACCCAAAGGGACAGCGGAGUGGCUGAACAUGCGAAGCUGGAUCUCCAGGCACCAUCACUUGUCAUGUCCUCGUAGAGUGUUUUCCAAGAGGAGUUUACCUAAGCUGAGAGAGCUGUACGAACGUGUGUUUGAAAAGUGUCCAGAUCGUCACUCCGACUUCUCCCGCCUAGCCAGGAUUCUAACAGGAAACAGCAUCGCAGUUGUGCUAGGUGGUGGAGGUGCCAGGGGUUGCUCCCAGGUUGGCAUCAUUCGGGCAAUGAAGGAGGCAGGGAUCCCUGUAGACAUUGUGGGUGGUACCUCCAUUGGCUCCUUCAUUGGAGCACUGUAUGCUGAGGAGAAAAGCAACAGUCGAAUGAGGGUUCGGGCUCGUGAAUGGGCCAUGGACAUGACAUCUCUCUUUAAGAAGAUUGUGGAUCUGACCUACCCUGUCACUUCCAUGUUUUCCGGGGCAGCCUUUAAUUCUGGCAUUCGAUCAGUUUUCAAAGGCAAACAGAUAGAGGACUUGUGGCUGCCUUACUUCAACAUUACCACAGAUAUCACAGCUUCUUCCAUGAGAGUUCACACUGACGGUAAAUCUAACAAACCCUACUGCCUUUUUGCUCCAAAACAUCAACGUUUAACGCUACAUUUUCUCUCAGGUUCACUGUGGCGUUAUGUAAGAGCCAGCAUGUCACUAUCUGGUUACCUGCCCCCUCUCUGUGAUCCAAAAGAUGGACACCUACUGAUGGAUGGGGGUUACAUCAACAAUCUGCCUGCUGAUGUGGCUCGCUCCAUGGGAGCCAAAGUCGUGAUUGCUAUAGAUGUUGGAAGUCGGGAUGAAACCAAUUUAACCAACUAUGGUGACUCCCUGAAUGGAUGGUGGCUUCUUUGGAAGCGGUUGAACCCAUUAGCUGAAAAAGUCAAGGUUCUUAAUAUGGCAGAGAUCCAAACCCGGCUUGCAUAUGUUUGUUGUGUCCGUCAACUGGAAUUGGUGAAAGGCAGUGACUACUGCGAGUAUAUCCGGCCGCCAAUCGAUCGCUAUGGCACACUAGAAUUUGGCAAAUUUGAUGAAAUUGCUGAGGUGGGAUACCAGCAUGGGAAGACACUGUUUGAUGUCUGGCAACGUAGUAAUGUAGUGGACAACAUGCUUAAAGACAGACAUCAGGAGGAGUUCCACAAGACCAAAAGCAGUCAUGUGGUCACUUGUCCAAAUGCCUCAUUCACUGACCUGGCAGAGAUUGUGUCACGGAUUGAACCUGUCAAGACUGCAUUGGUUGAAGAUGAACUAUCUGAAGAAUACCAGACAGAUUAUGAUGAGGAAGCUUUGGAAAGCGCUCUGUCUGACAGUGAGACAUUCAUGCCUGGCGGCGAACACACAGAAGAGGGAGACAGUUGAUACUGCUGAAACGGAUGAAGAAAUGCAGAUCAAAUACGACAUCGGGUGAAUCAUUCCCAUGAACAUCAACGACUCAAACAUCCACCAAGUGUCAGAAGUGCCCAUCAGGAAUGCUGCUCAUGUUGUGCAAAUGAUUUUCAAUAUUUUCAGUACAGUAUUUCCUGGUGGAAAUUCACCUUCACCACUUUCAGAACCGAUAGAUCGAUGAUCUUUAAACCAUCCCAAAUUACUGCAGUAUAAUAACUUGACUGAAUUGAACGACUGAGAAAACUCUUCCAGUUUUAAUUGUGGAAGUUAGCCAACUGUGUUUGCCGCUGUAUUUUUCUUCAUUGGUAAACGUCAGUAAAAAACACAAUAUAAAUUGUUUAAUGUACUUGAAUGCCAUCCAUCUGUUAUGGCAGCAAAAUCUUACUACAAUGUGAAUGGAAUGUGUACUUUGUAUGAGAGGCAGUGGUGCUUUUGGAGACAUUUUCAUAAAUACCUCAUGAAUUGCAUUUCACAGUGUUAUAAAAGAAAACUAGUGUGUCUAUAUGUUGGUUUCCACAGUAGCCGACAGUAUAACUAUAACCAGGGGCAACAGUAGACUGGGAACAAUUAAGGACUUUAGAGCAGGAUACAUUAUACGGCUAUCAAAGUAUCUUUGUCAAUAUCCCCCUGCUUAUUUUAGCAAGGGGAUGCCAGGCCACAUUCUGAACCUCCUUGAACCUUCUCUUAUAAAAGUGGCUUAAUAGUAACAACGUGUCAGUACUUAGCUGACUGACUAGCAGACCAGAACUGUCUCCCAUUGAAAAAUGUGAGGUGUGUCACUACUGUAGGGUUGCCAACUCCCUGGGAAUAAAAAUAAGGGACACAUCAUUGGUAGAGCCAUGCGGCCCGAUAACCGUCACCCUUUAAUGGUUUUUUUGUAUGUGAAAAGUGAAUUUUUAAGAAAUUUAUGAUUAUAAUGUAUUAAUAAUUUAAUCAAACCUCACUUAUUUAGGUUCAUAUUUGAGUGACAUGGAAAUACAAUAGUUAUGAGCAAUGUAUUUUUAAUACAAAAAAUACUAAAAUAAAUUAAACAUGUGCCCUGUUAAACUUAAAACAGUAUAAUUUAACCUCUUAAAGUCCUUUUGUGCAUGUGCGUGGGUCUGUGUAUUUUGACGUUUUUGUGUUUAAAUAUUUUUUUUAAAAAGUGCAAAAAUAAACUUUUUUUUUUAAUUAACUUAGGUGCCCUCAGCAUAACAAUAACAUUUUUGCAUAUGAUCACUCCAAAUAUAAUGUGGAAAUACAACUGAAAUUGACAGAACACAAACAUAUAACACAAUUACCGUAGUAAAAAAUAAAGUACACAGAGAACAAGAAAACAAAUGAUCAUUUUGAAAAAUUUUUCCACUCACUUUCACUCAAACCUCUUAUCUCCCACACUCUUUAUGUUGUCUUCUGUGAUCAUCAUGGCAAGCGACAACUUUGACCAAUGAGGUGAUUCGGAUUUUGUAUUGUCAUUGUUCUGUCAGCUCACUGGUCAAAAAACAGGAGAGGCUAGGGAAUGAGUUUCCUUCAUAUUCUUGUAAAGCAUAAUACCAGAAUUUGUUUUACAAAUAAGACACUAUUAUUUUAGUAAAGUUUCAUGAUAAUACGGGACAUAAUGCGUCCCUUGAAAGCUCAAUAUGGGACACAUGCUUUUGUUUAUGAAUACGGGACGAUUCUGUUUUUCAAGCAAGGGUGUAGGUUUGCAUAGCGACGGUAGGGACAUAAUGCUACCAACUUUUCAGGAUGCUCAAAUGAUCCCCACGAACUUUUGAGCAGGGCUGUCAACAGACUUGCAGUGGCCCGGAGACAAGAGACCAUUACAGUGCCCCCCCCCUCCUGCCACCGGCUUGUCACGACAACAUACUCAGUACUUUUAACGCUUUGCAGGCAAUGACAUAAUUUGAGAUGGACAGUUAAAUUUAACAGACCGUAAUGUGAUGUGACACAAUAUGAACAAACAAUUUCCAUCUAUUGUCCCAUGUAGGCUACAGUACAAUACAACUGAGAGUGCCAUGCCUGUCUGCUAAGCAAAAAAACAGUAUAACUAAAUAUCCUGGGGUCAUCAAGCCCUCAAACAGUCGUGCGCCUAGAUUUUUUUGACAGCAAAGUCAUUUAUAACAUCAGUGAACUCACAGUGAACUCACGCUCAACGCGAGCAGCAUGUCUUGUCAUAUCGCAGCUCAAUAGGCUACAAGCGGCCGGUGACAGACUUGAAUCGGGCUUUGGUUACGGUGAUCGUGAAUUUAAACGUUCAGUGUUAGCGGCUGUUGUUCACUUACCGACACCACCGUCCACAGCCACCUCUAGCCCUAAUUCUCUGGCUUCUUGUCCCCCUUUCAAAAACUCCAUCAUUUUUUCUCGUUCACCUCUAUGAGUUUCAUCUUUUUUUUCUUUUCUUUUCUACGCACCCGAGUUAUGACGACUCGCCAUGUUUAGAGUUUGUAACAAUGACAGAUUUUAAUUUCCUGCUUCAGGGCACGUACGUAGUGUAGCCUUGAGUGCGGCAGA